GUGGUCUACUUCACAGCCCUCUUCCCCUACCUCAUCCUCAUCAUCCUGCUGGUGAGAGGCGCCACGCUGGAGGGGGCUAUGGACGGCAUCGAGUACUACAUCGGGAGGCAGUCCAACUUCACCAAGCUGAUGGAGGCGGAGGUGUGGAAAGAUGCAGCCACUCAGAUCUUCUACUCCCUGUCCGUGGCUUGGGGCGGGCUGGUCGCUUUGUCCUCGUACAACAAAUUUCACAACAACUGCUAUUCCGAUGCCAUUUUUGUCUGCGUUACAAACUGCCUCACCAGCGUGUUUGCUGGGUUUGCAAUAUUCUCCAUCUUGGGACACAUGGCUUUCCGGGCGCAGAGACCCGUCUCAGAAGUGGUGGACUCAG